AUGGCUACGAGUGCUGUUGAUGUUGCGGAUCUUCCCCACGAUAGCCGUCAGAGCCAGGCAUUCGCUUUAACUUUCGUAUUUCCUAUUAUCGCUACGAUUGCGCUCGCUUUGAGGUUGUAUAGUAGAUCUUUGACCAGAUCCUUUGCUGCAGAUGACUGGGUCAUUUGCUUUGCGAUGACGGAACUUCUCUAUAAUCCCAUUUUGGCCCUCGUAAAGACCUCCAUCCUCCUCUUCCUCCUUCGCCUCACCGGACAAAAGACUGAUGUCAGACUAUCGAUCAUUGGUCUCUUGAUAUUCAAUGGUAUCAUGAUGGUUGUGACGUUUCUGCUCACGACUUUUCACUGCGUCCCCAUUGCAGCAAAUUGGUAUCCUGAGCUGUACCCUGAUGCUGUCUGCAUGAAUUUCGCGAACUUUGUUACCGGCACAGCCAGUGUCAGCGUUUUGACCGAUGUGUUGGCUUUGUGGAUGCCAACCUGGAUUGUCUAUAAUUUGCAGAUUCCGCGAAGUCAAAAGAUAAUGCUUGUUGCUAUCUUGUCAUUUGGUCUGGUGACUGUCAUAAUUGGCAUAAUCCGCAUUGUCCUUCUCGAUACGUUCGAUCGAAAUCCACCUGCGGAUCUCACGUACUCCAUUUUAUUCUGUGUUUCAACCAUCGAAGUCGGCUUAUCAUUCGUUUGCGCUUGCGCACCAGCACUUAAACCUAUCAUCGUGCGCAUUAUCCCUAAAAUAUUUGGAGAAAGUAGUCGUUCACGUAGCGCCAAAAGAUCUACUGAAGGGAAUGGACAGGGACGGACAGGUCGGCGCCCGGAAGGUUACGAAAUGAGCAGGAGGACGGCGCAUACAGAGAUUGAGGUCGGUGAUAUAGGGGGAGAUUAUGAUAAGAUGAGCGAUAUCACUGAUGCGGAGAGUGGCAAGGGAAAGGUAGACGGGACACACAAAGGUCAGAUGAAUAUUGCAGUAAGGACAGAAACUGAGGUGAGGUGGCAUGAUAACGUAUCUGUAAGCAACGGGAAGCCAGUUAGAAAAAGCGGUAGUAGCACCGAAAGUCUCGUAUGA